AUGGCAACUCCACGACACAGUCUGAACGAAGAACUGGAAGCAUCGUACGAGUCACACUCAAAAGCCUGGAACAAACUUUACUAUGCUAGAAUGCACGACCGGCUACCGCGCGAGAUCCGAGAUAUGAUCAAUGCCGAAUUCUGGGAUGAAGACUACUUGACAGGCGGAGGACGCGGCGGAGAAGGCUAUGAGGUAGCCAUGAAGGCUAACGAGGAACCCACACUUGGCCAUAUAUCGUUACCUCAUCGUCUCCUGCGCAUCUCACACGUCGUCCUACCAGGGUACGUAGGAGAUGCAGCUGCAAAAGAGAACGUCCAGAUGUGGUACGAGGCCUACGGAGCCAUGACCUGCUACCGCGACUGGCUCGCACUCGGCAGGCGCAAUAUAGGUGAAGAGCUCACGAGAGCUAUAUGCAAAGACACAUUCGGGGUGGGCUUGGAUCCUGCCACUGCUCUCCGAAAAUUGACCAUCGAAGUCUCCGACACCUCUCUCGUGCUAGGCCACGAGCACUCCGACUUCAAAGAUGCUACCUCACGUCAAGACGCAUUCAACCUGCUUCAUCGCAUCAAGAAGAAGAGAGGGUUCAAGCUCGAGAUCAAUGUUCGCCACGAUUGCAUCCGUCUCAAGAUGUGGCCCGAAAUCCUUGGCCUCCUGCAACCCAUCGUUAAGGUAUUUGAGCAGGAAGGAGCCCACGUUAGUGUUUUGUCUAGUUAUGAUCCUCACCGCAAGAAUUGCAUUGAUGAGGGCCCGGGUGUUGGCACCGAUAUGGAACACCUGAUCAGGACAUACGAUCCGGCGACUUGGGAGCAGAGUGUGAAGCAGGAAAUGAUCGAUUAUUUCGAGGGGGUAAGACGCUCGCAACUCAUCUAUGUGGCAAUGCCUGACAAGUGA